AUGCUGGAGUCCCAAGUCAAGGGUAUUUAUGAGUUGCUACAGCCAUCAUCAGCCUCAGCUACUGGUCCUGGGCCCUCUCCAAGCACUUCUGCAAGCAUUCCAUCGACAGGUUUGCAAGCAGAGUACAGUGCAAGUCCUGGCAUGGUAUCACCACCACAGAUCGAGACAUCCUUUAAUCUGAACAACCCAGAUAUACCGUUGGAGGUUCUAGACCAUCUUAUAGAGAUCUAUCGGGUCAAACUCCACCUCCAACCAUUGCAACUUUUUACUCUGUCUGAACUCAAAGUCUCACUCACCUCAGCACCUAAAUAUCUUCUUUACAGCUUCUUGGCCCUUACUGUACGGUACAGUACACAUGACUUCUUCAAUGGUCAACAAGCCAAGGUAGUUGAGUUCUAUGGAAGUUCUGCACAGCAGGAGGUCGCCAUACUUGCCUCCCAAGGCAUUCCAAAGCUUGAGAUCGUGCAAGCUUUAUGCUUGCUUGUCCUUGUCGAUGUCGCAGCUUGUAGACCAGGCCGGGCGUGGAUGAGUAUCGGAACCAUGUCAAGACUCGAGGCUCUUCGCAGGCUGUCACAAAAUGCCUUCUAUCAGUCUUCGCCUGAGCUUGAAGCUAGUCUGAGAUGCCAUUGGACCGUAGCUCUCCUCGAGCAAACGUUCAUGCCUCAAGAGCGUAGCAGUAUACACGAUGAUGACGAGCAGAAAUACCCAUCCAGUGCUCGUAGACCACCCUCACUGCCACCAAUAAACGAUGGGGAGUGCCCUCCGGAUCUCUUCUCAGACGAUGCAUCCGAAGACCUAGGUAUAACCGCGUAUUAUAUCAACGUUAUCGAGAUGUGGGGUCACCUCUCAACAUACAUGCAUCAGGUGAGAAUCGGCAAAGCAGAGACAGCUUGGUUACCUGGUUCAAUGCAUUACACACUCUGUGCAGAGCUUUACAAACACGAAACCAAGCUUCCUCAUAGUCAUCUGCUGAGAAAUGUCCACUUUACAAAGCGGAUGGCAGGCGAACUGCAGGACCAGCGAGAGUAUUGGAUACCAUGGCUCCUCAUGCAAGUCGUUUCUCACGCUAUCACAGCUAUUCUACAUCAUCCUUUCAUCCAUUUGGUAGCGAUGCGAGACAGAUCAAGCGGACUUCAAGCUCGUUCCUUUUUACAGCAAACGAUUGACCAAGCUUUGUAUCAUUCAGCGUGGGUGUUCAAGUUCCUCCGGUUAUGUGAGGAGCUACGCUUCGAGAUAUUCGACCCAUUAGUAGGACAGCUUGUUGCUGUCGUGGCAACGAUACCGUGGCUGUUCCAACGUGCGAUUGAUCCAAAGGUCGCGGAAAAGGCGAAAGACGAUCUAGAGUGGUGCAAAGGGUUCUUGGAGAGGUUGUCAUCAACUUGGCCGCACAUUGCGCAAAAGCUCGAAUUACUACAAAGUCUAGACUCUAUCGCGGACAAUAACUCGCCACCACCAGCUGGCAAGGGCAUUUCUAUUGCCUUUCAUCCGGCUCUGUUUUGGGCUCUGGUAGAUCCCAAGAUCAGCCAGAUGACGCCGUUAUAUGGGGAAAGCUCAAGCCGUCCGCAAGAUGCUAUGAUCCGCAUCUCAACGCAUUACAUCCAUCCGUUGACAGAGACACAAACCGUUGGCGGGCCGCAGUUGGAUCUGGUGAUGAUGAUCCGCUCACGUGCCCGGCACAUCGACGCUAUAGAUAGGGUCGCAGACGAGUUGACAUCCGUCCCCACCAGACCCUUCGGUGCUGUAUAUCAGACCAUCGCCUCCCCCAUGGAUCAGACCAGCAAGAUCGUAAUCAUAGGCGCGGGCCUUUUUGGCCUCACAACAGCCAAGCAGUUCGCGCUAGAAGGUCACCAGAAUAUUACUGUCGUCGACAGGCACAUGCCACCUGUGCCGGAUGGUUCCAGCUCGGAUAUCUCCCGAGUCAUCCGAUUUGACUAUGCCGACACUGAAUACUGCUCCCUUGCGUACGAGGCUUAUCGUAAAUGGUCCCAAGACCCUAAGUAUAAGGGUAUCUUCUACCCGACAGACUAUAUCAUUGCUGGUUCGAGAAGUUCGCCUGAGAAGUCUUGGACAGAUAAGACGAUUGCUCAGCUUGAUAAGCGACAACUGCCUUAUACCAGGUUGGCAGAUGCCGCUGAUGCAAAGCGGAAAUUCCCGAUUUUGACUGGCGAGCUUGCCCAACCAAACUUUGAGGGCUACUUGAACAAGUCUGGUGGCUGGGCCGAUGCGAACAAAGCCAUCAAGCAACUCCGCGACGAAUGUCUCGAGCUAGGCAUCUCCUUCAUCGCUGGUCGAGCUGGAACCGUUGUCGGCUUUGACAGCAAUGCUCAAGGAGUUAUCAAAGCAGUCAAGACUCUUGAGGGAACACCUGUUCGGGGCGAUCACUUCAUUCUUGCAGCAGGCGCCUGGUCUUCCGGUAUCGUCCCCACUUACAACUCAACACUAUCAACAGCACAAGCCCUUGGCUUUCUUCGUCUCACGGACGCCGAGAUGAUCAAGUACAAGGACAUCCCCAUUUACAUGAACUACGCCACUGGAUGGUUCAACUUUCCUCCUCACGAAGAUACCAAGAUGCUCAAGUUUGCUGUUCACGGCUGGGGCUACACUCGAGCACCCUCCAAGGGCGACAACAACUCUGUCAAGUCUAACAUCUCCGUUCCUCCUCCCGUUUCUCGGGAGCGAAAGAACUUCGUUCCAGCUGAUGCUGAGGAACGCCUUCGAGCGGGCUUGCGUGAGAUGUUGCCUGAAUUGGCUGAUCGUGCUCUUGACAGGGUGGCUCUCUGUUGGUACACGGAUACACCUACCGGUGACUUCAUCAUGGACUAUCAUCCCGAUUACAAGAACCUUUUUGUUGGUGGAGGCGGAAGUGGACAUGCGUUCAAGUUCCUCCCUGUCUUGGGUGAGUGCAUGGCAUCGGCUUUCAAGAAGAAACUGCCGAGCCACUUAGCAGAGAAGUGGAAGUUCCAUACUGAGUAUGAGUAUCGUGAGGAUACCUUCCUUGGUGAUGGCAGUCGAGGUGGUCCUGAAAGACGAGAGCUGAGCGCAGCCGAGAAGGCGAAGCUAGAUGGAGAAGAGAGAUCUAAGCUGUAG